AUGUGGGCGGUAGGCUCGAAUAGUGAGGGGCAGUUGGGUGUCGGGCACACGAGGGAUCGGGCGUCGCUGACGCGGUGUGUGACGGAGGCGGGUGCUGCGUUUCCGCCUUCUGGAUGGCAGGUGGUGCGUGUGGCGUGCAUGGCGACGUGCACGGCGGUGCUGUGCCGGGAUGCGACGCAGACGGCGGUGUGGCUGAGUGGCCGCCCGCCGUGGGAGGCGCCGGUGACGACGGCGUUCCGGAGGUUGGAGGAGGCGAAGGGCGUGGUGGACGUCGCGGCUACGUGGGACUGCUUGUAUGUGGUGGUGCGCGACGAGGUGUGGGCGCUGGGUGCGUCGAAUGCGUAUGGCCAGUGGGGUGCUGGCCGGGACGCGCCGCCGGGGGCGUGGCACCGUGUGCAGCUGCCGCGGGGUGUGUGUGUGCGUGCGAUCGUGGGUGGCGUGCGGCACUGUGCUGUGGCCGUGGACGAGGGCGGACGGCAUGUGGUGUAUGGGUGGGGCCAGGCGCGGCAUGGCGAGCUGCGACAUGUGCCGCCGACGCCGCCGUUGGUGUGGUACACGCCGGUCGUGGUGCAUGCGUGGCCGGCGCCGCAUACGAGCUCGCUGGCGCUGGGUAUGCACCACACGGUGAUGGGCGUUUAUGCGCGGGGCGAGACGGAGCUGGUGGCGUACGGCUCGAAUCGGCGUGGCCAGCUGGAUGUGCCGCGCGGCGGGCGGGCGGGCCGCUGGAUCCCGGCGUGCAAUUGGCACACGACGCUGCUGUGGGGGGACGACGUGAUCGAGGUGUAUGGAGCGCAGCAGCAUGGCCAGGGCGUUGGGCCGGGUGUGCCGUGCCGCGGUGCGGUGCAGCUGUCGAGUGGGAGUGAGCACAGCGCGAUGCUGCGCGACGGAUGCGUGUAUGGAUGGGGCUGGAACGAGCAUGGCAACGUCGGGGGCGGCGGUGCGGCGGCGGCGGUAGGCGCGCCGAGUGUGCUGGCGCGCGACGCGGAGGGCGUGUGGACGGGGUAUGGGACGACGUGGGUCAAGCUACGGGCGUGA